AUGAAAUCUGCUCAUUGGAGGGACAAUACAAAGGCAAGUCGGUACCCACCUUGUUCUUCGGCUGUUCGACAAUCAGUCGGAGAUGGAUUUCAAACGGAGGCUUCAAAAGCCUUUGGUGAUUUUUUCCUUCGAGGUCAUCUGGAAGAGCCGAUGCCCAAUAACGCACGAGACUUCUCUGUCUCUGAAGAAUUUCAACUCGAAUCUGAAGUUUUGAUGAGGAGAAAAGAGGAAAAAGCAGCUUUUCGAAAGUUGGAUCGCAGGAUUUUACCACUCUUGUCGCUUUUUACUUUUUGUCUAUAUCUCGACCCCAAGAACAUGUUAGACCUGCGGACGCUG